AUGUUAAAUGAGAACCGUAACGUUACGAAGACAUAUUGCGCAACCUUCGAAUGCUUCCGAAGCCACAAAAAUUUCAACUGGAGCUCCUAUUCAUUCUUGCAAUGUUAUGUGGUCACAUUAGCCUCAAAAGAAAUGGUCGCACCAGUUGCUGCUGUGUCGGGGUUGGUGAUGGUAGUGGUGUCGUUGGCUCGUAUCCACGUGCUCGAGCCUCGUGUUGAAGGAUAUCUUCCAAAUGCCGACCCUCCUGAUGGUACCGAUCCAGCAAUCAAAACGGCGUGGUUAGUAUCGGAGCUAUCCCGCAUAACGUCUUCCCCACAAGCCUCAGAUAAGCGAUACAUAUGGAGGGGAAGUGGACUAGCCAAAGAUAUCGCUCCUGGAUACACCUUCGUGUCCGAAAGCAGAAGCAACGAAGUUGGGCCUAAACUGAUCCGUGUUUCGUGUAAUGUCGGAAGUCACCCGAGACACGGCUAA